UAUUUUGAUCUGCGCUAGUGCAAAAUGCGGUAGUCGUGGAAGCGGUGACUGUCGACGCGGAAAUCGGUAACCUUGUAAUCGUCAUAUUGUUUGCUCGCACGUUGCGUCAGCGAAAUCAUCGGAGUGCUAUUAAUCCUGAAUACUGUAUAGUAAAUGUUCACGCGGUGUUGUACCACAAAAGAAGAAGGAGCAGCUAGAGAGAAAAGGGAAGAGGGAGGGAGAGAGAGAGAGAGAGAGAGAGAGAGAGAGAGAGAGAGAAAGCGUGCACAAGUGUCAAGAGGAAAGGUAAUUUACUGUGUAUUUAAGGGAACCGUGUGUCAGUGGUACGGCGUCGGCUGAUACACAAAAUCAUGGUUCCUGUUUGUUCGAGGCUUUAGCGUGAUCGACAUAAACGUGCCCGUAAAUCGAUCGUACCUCUCGAGGUUCUCGUCGCGCGACUAUCGGCUAUCUCCUCGCUCUCACAUCAGCUCGACUGCAUCGAAAGUCUCUCGAGUAUUGGUCGCUGUGACGUCACAGCGAUAGCUACAAGCACCGAGGGAUGGCCUAUGCCUGUCCUCUCUUUUUUCGUCUGUGCAACGAGCCACCGUAAAUUUCUCGCGUUUACGAUACACGACUGUGAUGGAAAGUCGCUCGUCGCCAGAGCGAAUUUGUGAGAAUCGUCAUUGCGUGUUGGUAAACUCCUGGCUCCUGACACGACAAUCUUUUAAGUAAAACCGAGUCGCUUGCUCUCUCAGAAGCCGCAAGUCUCUAAGGGAAGACAGAGACAGGGACAGAAAGGGAGAUAGAAAGAGAGAGAAAGAGAGAGAGAGAGAGAGAGAGAGAGAGAUUGAGAGACUGGUGAACCCAGGGUGCAAUGUCAUAUCACCGUGGGGGACAGGCGGGCGCCGUAGCAGUCUCGUACAGCAGCAGCCCAAUGACACCGCAUUCUCCUAGCAGGCGAUGUUCCAGCGGUAGCAGCAGCAACACCGGUAGCUCCACGAUCGGCGGCUCCUCCGCCAAACUGAACACCUACCGACCCACCGGCUCGUUUUACACCUCCUCCACGAGCUCGGGCUACCGUUCGAGCUACACGUCCGAGUACAGACGAUCCUACUGCCCAUCGAGCAGUUACUACUCGUUAACGUCGACUGGUUCGAGCAUCCGCAGGAACUACUUAUCGGACUACAGCCGUUCUCGUUACUCACCCGCAAGGUCAGUUUCGUCGUCGGCGUACAGCAACACUGGUAGCAGCGGUAGCGGUAGCGGUGGCACGGGUACAAAUAUAAUUGCAAACGGGACCGGCGGUGGUAGAUACGGAUUGUCAACGUCCUCGUCGUCCUCGAGCAUCUCCGUUGCCGGUUCGUCGUCGAGGGAGAGGGGAUCGGGACUGGAUUCCUCGUCUUCCAGGCAGUUGGAGCCGACGUGGUCCACCACAGCCGAGAUCAUCAGCAGGUACUCACCGUCCGGCUACGUGCCGAACAUCCGACAGGCGAGUGUCACCGGUGGAGCGUCCUCCGGUGGCGGCAGCGGUGGCGGCGGCGGCGGCGGCGGUCAUCACCAUUGGAAACACCACGCAACCGGUUCCUCGUUGACCGAGCUGUUCGGCGGUGACGAGAGAGAAAUAGUCGAACGAAACAGAGAUCUACGGACCGAAUCCUCUCUUUCCACCUCCUCGUCGUCGUCGUCUUCGACGGCUGCCGGUACCGGCGGUAGCAGCGCGGUGCUUUGGUCAAGGUCGAAGAGAGGAGGUUCACUGGCCAGCAGCACGGUGUUGACCAGCGGGCAUGUUCGCGCGGAAAGUACCGCCGCGUGUCCUGGCGAGGUAACGAUCGACGAGCGCGGUACCAUCCGCGACUCGAACCAGGACGAGAGUAACGACGACAAGGACAAUGACGACGACGACGACGACGACGACGACGACGACGACGACGACGAUGACGACGACGAGGACGACGACGCUAACGAAGACGAGGACGCGGACGACGAUCGGCACAACAACAACAACAGCAGUAACUGCCGCACCAGCAGCAACGGCAAGGAUGCGUGCAGCGAAUACGGCGUGAACAACAACGACACCGACGAUAACGACGAAGACGACGACAGCAAUCUGAACAACCGUCAUCACCGCCAACAACUCGCCGGUGCUCAUCGAACGGCCGACGAGGUCUCGUCUAAGAUUAACCUCCUGUCGUCAUCUGUACCCGGUGGUGUUGGCGGUGCCGGUUUGAUAGGUGUUAAGCUCGAUUUGCUCACUAACCUUGCCACUAAUCCGAAUAACACGGAACCGCUGAUUAACAACAACGACGAAGAAAAGCACGCCGACGCCCGACUGCGCCAACACCAGCAGCAGCAGCAACAACAACAACAACACCAUCAACGCCAACAGCAGUGUACCAAAGACCGGUUCGAGAUCGUCGACGACAAUAACGAGGUAAUGCGUGGCAUAGAGGACGCGGCCGCGUUCUUGCAAGGAGGACGCACCGAGGAUCCCGAGAUCUUGGAAGACACCGAACAGUCUCGGAAUCGCCCGUCCCCCGCAAGCGCGUCCUACGAUAUCGAUCGCACGAGGUUCGCGGGCGGUGCUGCUCCGCCGCCUGUCUUGCAGAACGGCGUGGCUGGACGGCCUUCCGGUAACUACGGAGACGAUCCAGCCGUGCCUUCCACCUCCAGGAGACCGGACGGUCAUUUCUCAGGAAACACGAACACUGCCAGUAAUCCGACUUCGUCUCCUACGGCCCCGUCCACGACGCAUCAAAGUCUCUAUCGCGGCGUAGCCGAUCAGUUUGACGGAAGCCCAACGAACAAAGCGGCACGUAAUCGGCUUCAAGCGCAUCGUGACGAGCGAUGCGGACUGAACGGGUUGAGGAAUAUUGGAAAUACAUGUUUCAUGAACAGCGUGAUUCAAUGUUUGAGCAAUACGAGACCGUUGCUCGAAUACCUGUUGAACGAACAGUACCUGGCGGACAUCAACGUGACAACGUCCAGCAUGAAGGGUGCUUUGAUCAAGGCAUUCAGUCAGGUGAUACACGAAUUGUGGGAGGUGGGCGGUGAUCAUGUGGUGAACACCACGGCGCUCAAGUCGCAGAUACAGAGAUUUGCGCCAAGAUUCAUGGGAUACAGUCAACAGGAUGCGCAAGAGUUUCUUAGAUAUCUGUUGGAAGGACUCCACGAGGACGUUAACAGAGUGACGGUCAAGCCACCGCCGAUUCACACCGAUAUCCCGGAUAUGUAUACGGAUAGCCAGAAAGCCGUGGAGAGCUGGAAACGUUAUCUGCGCAGCGAGGAUAGCAUGAUAGUGGACGUGUUCGUCGGUCAGUUACGCUCGUCGUUGCGCUGCACAGCUUGCGACCAUGUAUCGGUAACGUUGGAUCCUUUCUGGGAUUUGAGUCUGCCGAUACCGGCCAGGAGCGGCACCGUUAAGCUGAGCCAAUGUCUGGAACACUUCACUCGAGAAGAGGUCCUCGAUGGUGACGAGAAGCCGACCUGUUCAAAGUGUCAGAUGAGGAGAAAGUGCACCAAAAGCUUCAGCAUACACAAAUUCCCGAAGAUCCUUGUUAUUCACUUGAAACGUUUCUCUCCCAUGGAACGAUUCCGCGGCAAGCUGAACGUAACGGUGGACUUUCCAUUGACGGGAUUGGAUCUCAGUGCCUUCGCCGCACCCAGGGUUCCAGGCUGCACCUACAAUUUGUACGGUGUCGCGAACCACUCGGGUACCACGUACUCUGGUCAUUAUACCGCGUACUGCAAGCAUCCGUACUCGGGCGAAUGGCACGAGUACAACGACAGUAGGGUGUCCGUGGUUCCAGCACGAUCGGUCGUCACCAGCGAAGCCUACGUACUGUUUUACGAACAGCAGCCUCAUAACUCUCACUUGUAACCUUACGCCAUUGCCUAGAGUUAAACGACCAUCUUGCCUCUCGAUACCUCAGUCCAGCAUAGCGUAAUGCAGGGGUGACGAACUUCUUCGAAGCCUGGAAUCGCACGCAAUCUACUAUAAUAAUUAUUAUUAGAUUUCUCUAUCGUCAGGCUGUCUAACCGUCCGGUCGUCCGGACGUUAUAUUUUAACCAACGAUAGCACAGAAUCAUACGAGACGAUAAAGAUUAUUCUUUGUCAUCCCCGUCUCGGACAUUCGAGUCGACUAUUAAGCUGCAAGGGUUACGGUUGCUUUCCGAAUUUUCGUAUUCGGGUUGCCACUCGGAAUCUCUGAUUCGAAACGAACCCCGGCUAGGUGAACGUACAGCGACGAAGUCUUGAUCGCUCGGCGAAACAGGAAAGCGAAAGUAGAAGCGGCAGAGUUUCGUGCGACUCGUGGGCCGCUAGUUCGUUAUCCCUGAUCUAAACGGAUACUACUUUAUCGUGUGGUAUUGAAAAGCGACUAAACACAGAAUACGACGGCGAACUGGGUCGAUUUUCGCAUUGUGUCGAGCACAACAUCUUUGUGCUCGAGGAUUGUGUGCGCGUGUGGCGAGACAUUGACGAUAAUCAUGCAUCAUGCCUCCAUGCCCCUGCCUUCAGCCGCUUUGUCUUUUUUCGGAUCCCAUGUUGUCCGGACCUGUCUUCAUCUAUUACUCGCUAUUUCUUUUCUUUUUUCAUUUUUUAAGAAGCAAAAUAACACAAAACGCUUUUCUGAGUAUGUCAAGAGAGCAAGAAAGAGAGAGAGAGAGAGGGAGAGAGAGAGAGAGAGAGAAGAAAGAGAAGAAUUUGAUCCUCUAAUGCAAUAUAUGUGAAUGAUUUGUGUUACAUCGACACUUGGUCUUCAACGACAUCGGGUAAAACUGUACGUGACCUGCGGGUGUACUCCCCUCAUUGUCGUGUAUAUUCUAAUUUCAAUUUUAGUUAUCUUUCAUUUUGCUAUGGAAUAUAUAUUGAGUCGUGGAAUCGCGCAUCCCGUGUUCAGGAAAAAAUAUUGUACGUGUAUAUGUAUGUAUGUAUGUAUGUAUGUAUGUAUGUAUAUUUAUACAUAUAUAUGUAUGCACGUACUUUUCGAUGGACAAACAAAAGAAUAAUCAUGAGUUCGCCAAAGAUCACACGUAUAUACGGAGUAAUACACUCCGGAUGUCUAGUUACUUUUGAAUAGACGAUAUAGUAAUAACGUGUAUCUUCACUCUUCACCUGGCAAUCUACAGCUAAUUUACUUUUGUAAAAUAUUUUGUUUAAUAAUAUAUCACAGUCAAGAGUUA